GGGGGGGGGAGGGGGAGGGGUGCGACACAGUUUCCAUCCUUCGCAGCUCAGCUCUGAACCGGAACCACCGCACCUUCCACCGGCUGCACGCGACGACGACACGCCGGCCGUGUGUGCCUCUACAGCGGGGACACGAUGGGCAACCUGCCGCUCUUCAGCGGCCUGUUCGCAGCAGACUUCCCCCAGCCUGACAGCAGGUUCAGCAGCAGGACCAUCAGCAAAGGCAUCAUUUACUUCCAGUCUUCUCCUCCGACCUCUGACCCACUUCCUGCGUCCUCCCCGAGCCACGUCCAAUCACAGCCCUCCUCGUCCUCCCGCCCUGUCCUCCUCUUCCUGUCCUGGCUGGGCGCCCAUCCGGCGGCGGCGUCCAAGUACUUCCACACGUACUUGGAGCGCGGCAUGGACGUCCUGCUGGUGCAGAGCAGCGUGCUGCACUUCCUCUGGCCCCGCUGGGGGCUGGACUACGGCGGGGAGGUCCUCCGAGUGCUGGAGGGGCCCGAGUUCAGCGGGCGGCCCCUGCUCAUCUACGCCUCGUCCAUCGGGGGCUACACCUUCACACAGGUGCUCACCCACGUGGCCCACAGGAGGGGCGAACAUGACGCGCUGGCCCGCAGGGUCGUAGGUCACAUCUACGACAGCCUGGUGGCGGGCACCUUGGAGCACAUGGCCACAGGCCUGGGCAAGACGCUGGCGCCGCGCCUGGAGCGCGUGGUGAAGAGCACCGCCAUGUUCUACUUCUGGCUUUUCAAGAGCAGCACGGCCGACGUCUACCUGCGCGCCAUCCAGGUGUUCGACAGCAGCCCCGUCACGGCGCCGGCGCUCUUCUUCUUCAGCGAGGACGACGCCCUGUGCGACACGGCCGCGCUGGAGAGGACCGUGGAGCGAUGGCGGCGGAGGGGCGUGGCCGUGCAGAGCCGGAAGUGGGAGCGCUCCAAGCACGCCGCGCACAUGCGGUGCCACCCGGAAGAGUACCGCUCAACGCUGGAGAGCUUUUUGAACUCGCUGCCUUUGACGCCCAUCCGUGCACUAAUUUAAAUAUUAACAUGCCUGACAUUAUUCACAUAUCUGCUUUAUUCGCAUCGUUUUUAUACUGGCCACAACAUUAGGUACACUUGCUGCAAUAUCACUCACCCUGUGUACCUAAUGAAGUGUCCCUUGUAAUAUUCAUAUUUUUCAGCGCUCAUACAAUCUCAAAUUGAUCCAAAAUCGACAUUUAGAUUAAAAAAAUGAUCGCUUUGGAAUUAGAGAAAACAAAGCGUAGCAUUAGCUGAAAAAGUUAGCAUAUGUCAGAUACCAAGUUAAAUGACUCCAAGGUUUAUGGCAGUGGAAUUAGAGGAAAAAAAGUGUAAAAUUAUCUGAAAAAGUUAGCAUGUUAACAUUAGCAGGCUAACAGUUAGCAUGUGUCAUUUACCAAGUUAUAUGAUUUUAAGGUGUAUGGCUGCAGAGUUAGAGGAAAUACAAGAGUGUGAAAUUAGCUGAAACUGUUAGCAUGCUAACAGUUAGCAUAUGUCAGAUACCAAGUUAAAUGACUGUUUAUGGCAGUGGAAUUGGAAGAAAAAAAAGUAUAAUUAUCUGAAAAAGUUAGCAUGUGUCAUAUACCAAGUUAUAUGACUCUAAGGUGUAUGGCUGCAGAGUUAGAGAAAAAAAAGUGUGAAAUUAGCUGAAAAAGUUAGCAUGCUAAUGUUAAAAAGCAGUUAACGAGUGCCAUAUACCAAGCUAUAUGACUCUGGGGAAAACUUGCAAAACUAGCGCUAAACGUUAACAUGUUAAUUUUAGCAUGCUAACAGUUGGCAAGUGUCACAUACCAAGUUAUAUGUCUAACAUGUACCAAUUAGAGAAUAAAGUGUAAAAUUAGCUGAAAAAGUUAGCAUGUUAAUGUUAGCAUGCUAACAGUUGGCAAGGGUCACAUACCAAGUUAUAUGACUAACAGGUACCAAUUAGAGAAUAAAAUGUAAAAUAAGCUGAAAAAGUUAGCAUGCUAAUGUUAAAAUGCAGUUAAUGAGUGCCAUAUAACAAGCUAUAUGACUGGGGAAAACUUGUAAAAUUAGCGCUAAACGUUAGCAUGUUAAUUUUAGCAUGCUAACAGUUGGCAAGUGUCACUUACCAAGUUAUAUGACUCUAACGUGUACCAAUUAGAGAAUAAAGUGUAAAAUUAGCUGGAAAAACUUAGCAUGUUAAUGUUAGCAUGCUAACAGUUAGCAUGUGUCAUAUACCAAGUUACAUGACUCUAAGGUGAAUGGCUGCAGAGUUAGAGAAAAAAAAGGGUGAAAUUAGCAGAAAAAGUUUGCAUGCUAAUGUUAAAAUGCCGUUAACGAGUGCCGUAUACCAAGCUAUAUGACUCUGGGGAAAACUGUUGCAAAACUAGCGCUAAAUGUUAGCAUGCUAACAGCAAGUGUCCCAUACCAAGUUGACUCUAAGGUGUACCACUUAAAGAAUAAAGUGUGAAAGUAGCUGAAAAAAUUAGCAUGUUAAUGUUAGCAUGCUAACAGUUAGCAUGUGUCAUAUACCAAGGUAUUUGACUCUAAGGUGUAUGGCUGCAGAGUUAGAGAAAAAAAGGGUGAAAUUAGCUGAAAAAGUUAGCACACUAAUGUUAAUAUGCUAACAGUUAACAAGUGCCAUAUACCAAGACAUAUGACUAUGGGAAAAACUUUUGCAAAACUAGCGCUAAAUGUUAGCAUGUUAAUUUUAGCAUGCUAACGGUUGGCAAGUGUCCCAUACCAAGUUAUAUGACUCUAAAGUGUACCAAUUAGAUAAUAAAGUGUAAAAUUAGCUGAAAAAGUUAACCAGCUAACAGUUAGCAUGUGUCAUAUACCAAGUUAUAUGACUAAGGUGGUAUGGCUGCAGAGUUAGAGAAAAAAAAGUGUGAAGUUAGCUGAAAAAGUUAGCAUGCUAAUGUUAAAAUGCAGUUAACGAGUGCCAUAUACCAAGCUAUGUGACUCUGGGGAAAACUUGCAAAACUAGCGCUAAAUGUUAGCAUGUUAAUUUUAGCAUGCUAACAGUUGGCAAGUGUCACAUACCAAGUUAUAUGACUCUAACGUGUACCAAUUAGAGAAUAAAGUGUAAAAUUAGCUGAAAAAGUUAGCAUGUUAAUGUUAGCAUGUGUCACAUACUCGAGUAAAAAUCCCUGAUACUUUUUUGAGAGUAUUCCUAUGUAACAUGGUUGCAGUUCUUAAAGUGUCCACAAGAGGGCAGCACUCACAAACGUUAUUUGUGUGGAUUUCUCUGCAAAGUAUAAAGUCUUUACACGCUCAGCAUAUACUUUAAUCUCACCUCACACAUUGAUGAACAUGUUUUAUGAUCAUGAUUGCAUCUUGACUUCAAAGAAAUGUUUACUUUUUAAUAGCAUAGCAUUUCGGGGUGUUCUGAUCUGGUACUGAUAUUGGUACGAUAACAGCAACAACAAUAAAAGUAUCGGAUAUUGGUUUGCAUGUAAAAUGUGUGACGUAAUGUGCGAUACAAGCAGUCCUGCAGAGUCUUUACUUGUACUGAGCUGGACAGCCAGUUAACAUCUAAAUGUCCUCCAAUAAGCACACAAGGUUGGUCUUUUCUUCUAUUUUAGUCAAGUCAUUUACGAAAGGUAAACAUGGUAGGCUAUAGGCUACUAGAAGCUAGCAGCUACACAACAGCUAAGCACACAAGCUAGACACUGCAGUCUAAAACAACUCAUUUGUCAAUACAAACAACUAUCAAAUAAUUAUAGUUACAUAUUACUUACACAUACAAAGUCUUCAAGGCAGAAGUGUAUUAGAAAGUAUCCAGUAACAAACGUGUCCGCAUCAUUCAACCUACUGUGUCAUGAGCUAACUAUUGUGGCCAUUUGGUGUUACAGAAUCAAAUUACCACUCCACUUCAACUUAAAGACAGUACAAGUCAAUUCCAGACAGUUAAUAAUAAAUAGUGUUUUCAUACCUACCAUUGUUCUCCGUCUAACUAAUUUCACACUCUAUGAUUGGUGCGGAUUAUUAAUGUUAAGAGUGUCACUGAUGCCGUCAUGUCUUCCAUAUCAAAGG